AUGAAGCACUCCCGUUCCACGAACGAAACAAACGUCAAACGACGUGGUGGUGUGCUGCCGUGCUCCUGAACUUGAUGCAAUUUUUCAUUCACCUGCGCUCUAACAUCGGAGAUGCGCCCAGCUUGUGGCCAGAUUCAAUAAAAGUGAUCUUUAAACGUUUUGUUUAUUAAGCUAGUGCUCCGGUUGUUGGGAAGCUGACUGGUAACGUACGUACCUGUGAGCAGAAGCUACAAUGGUUACUGAGACGAUUAAGGAAGAGCCGGUCGGUACCGGUGCGGAAGAAUCUUCGAAGAAGGCCGCAAAAAAGGCAGCAAAGGAUGCGGUGAAAGCGGCCAAGAAAGCUGAACAUAAGGCCGCCGCGGCUGCAGCGGCUGGGGCAGGAGGGGCAGGAAAUGACGACACCGGUGCAGACGGCGUUGACCAAUCGGAGGGCCGCUACGGAACGAUGAAGAUGAUCCAGAGUGCCGAAAAGCACGGCGAACGAGUGUUUGUGAAGGUGUCCGAUCUGUCCCACUGCCAGAAGGAUGCCCAGGUGUGGGUACGGGGCCGUGUGCACACAUCCCGCUGCAAGGGUAAACAGUGCUUCCUGGUGCUGCGCCAGCAGAGCAGUACCGUGCAGUGUUUGCUAGCCGUAAACGAACACAUCUCGAAGCAGAUGGUGAAAUUUUCCGGCAGCAUACCGCGCGAAAGCAUCAUCGAUCUGAAGGCGAAGGUAGUGCCGGUUGAGCAGCGUAUCGAAUCCUGCACGGAGCAGACGCUCGAGCUGCACGUUCUGGAGCUGUUUUUGCUAUCGGCCGCAAAGGCGCAGCUUCCGCUACAGAUUGAGGAUGCGUCGAGGCCGGAAAAAUCCGACGAUCCGGAAGCGCUCAAGAUUCGCGUCAAUCAGGACACCCGACUGGACAACCGUGUGCUCGAUCUGCGUACGCCGGCCAACCAGGCCAUCUUUCGGCUGGAAGCGGGUGUGUGUAAGCUUUUCCGCGACGUGCUUACCGCGCAAGGGUUCACGGAAAUACACACGCCGAAAAUUAUUUCCGCGGCCAGUGAAGGCGGUGCGAACGUGUUUACGGUGAGCUAUUUUAAAGAUUCCGCCUACUUGGCACAGUCACCCCAGCUGUACAAGCAGAUGGCCAUUGCGGCCGACUUCGACAAGGUGUUUACGGUGGGUGCCGUCUUCCGGGCGGAAGAUUCCAACACUCACCGGCACUUGACGGAGUUUGUGGGGUUGGAUUUGGAGAUGGCGUUCAAGUAUCACUAUCAUGAAGUGCUCGAUACGAUAGGCAACACGUUCACGGAAAUGUUUAAAGGACUGCGCGACAACUAUGCGAAGGAAAUUGCAGCCGUCGGGCAACAGUAUAAUGUGGAACCGUUCAAGUUCCUCGAGCCACCGCUCAAGCUCGAGUUUGCCCAAGCCGUCGCAAUGCUGCGCGAGGCCGGUGUGCAGAUGGACGAUGAGGAAGAUCUAUCGACGCCAAGCGAAAAGCUGCUUGGCCGGCUGGUAAAGGCAAAGUACGAUACCGACUUCUACAUCCUGGACAAGUUCCCGCUGGCCGUCCGCCCGUUCUACACGAUGCCUGACCCAGCGAACGCGAAGUACUCCAACUCGUACGAUAUGUUUAUGCGCGGGGAGGAAAUUCUUUCCGGCGCACAGCGAAUACACGAUCCCGAGUAUCUGAUCGAGCGGGCCAAACUGCACGGUAUCGACCUGUCGAAGAUUGCCGCGUACAUCGAUGCAUUCCGGUACGGUUGUCCACCGCACGCCGGUGGUGGUAUCGGUAUGGAGCGUGUCGUGAUGCUUUACCUCGGACUGGACAAUAUUCGCAAAACGUCCAUGUUCCCGCGUGACCCGAAACGAUUAACGCCUUAGGUUGGGCCGGCUGGCCGUCUGUCUGUCCGUUCCGUGCGAAGAGAAACAAGCGCACAAACAGAAACUGGAACGCGUUUGCCCGCUACUUAAAGAAGAAAAAGACACACGCGCUGGAUAAUAAUGCAAAACGACUGAUUGGAUUUGGAGAUUGGCCGGAAAGAAAACGAUGCACGAAAAAUAAUAAUUUGGGAAUAAAAAGGGAGAUAAAAACAUCCAAGUA